AUGCUCAGCGCAGCCGAAAGCGACAUCUGCCACUCUGAUUGGUUCGACUGGUGCCUGAGAUGUGUACCAGCUAUGCAAGGAAUGGUGGCCUGCUAUCCAAUACAUCCAGAAUACUACUGCAGCUUCCAGCAAUCUUCGAUGUCGUUUACCAAGCUCGUGACAGGCGAGCAAUCAUGGUCACUCAAAAGGCGGGCAAUCCCACACCGUUUGGAGGUGACCUGCGGAGGUCAAGUUCAGGACGCGACAGAAGCGACACGCCUCCGAGGCAGCACGGAUACGGGAGAGCCGGCAGGGCGAUAUUUGUCUAGAGGAACGGUCCCAGAGGCUGUUGCAGGACUUUCAGUCGAACAACGAUCGGCCGCUUUUCAGACCACUCAGCGUUCGCCACGUAGGUGGGCAGUUACCAACAUCAUUCCUAGCUCUUGA